CUUGACCUUGCACUGGAAUUUACUUGAGCUUGAGACCCACAGCUACCUUGCUUUCUUCGGCGCUUAUUUUCUCGAUGUCUCCAACGGUCAACCUUCCAAUUCCUCCGCCUCCGAGCGCUCAGAUUGCAGCGCCUCUAACUCAACCUCCGCUAAAUGAAGAUCAGUUGAAAAUGCAAGCCGCUGUGCAAGCCCAUUUCGAAGACCCGUCGUAUCUAUUGGCAGGAAUAGAAUCCACCGACAAGACUCUCAUGGAUGUAGAAAAAAUGUGGCUCUCGUAUGAAUGUAUCCUGCGGUAUUUGCGCGCUUCAAAGUGGAAGACUGAGAUCGCCGUCCGGCGGCUAGAAGAAACUCUUUUGUGGAGGCGAGAAUACGGUGUCUACGAUACUGUCACGGCAGAUCUAGUUGCACCUGAGGCUACGACCGGUAAACAAAUCUUGCUAGGAUUCGACGUGCACGGCCGUCCGGGAAUGUACCUUCUUCCCUCUCGACAGAACACGAACGAGUCACCGCGGCAAAUCCAAUUCGUGGUGUGGAUGCUCGAGAGAUGCAUCGAGUUGAUGCCAGCAGGUGUAGAGUCAUUGGACCUCCUCAUCAACUAUGCUGACAAGGCGAAGAACCCCUCUUUCAGCACGUCUAAAUCAGUGCUAAACAUCCUCCAAACUCAUUACCCCGAACGACUUGGCCUGGCGCUAAUCAUCAACGUCCCUUUCCUGCUCAAUGCAUUCUACAAGAUGAUCAAGCCAUUCAUCGACCCGCUUACAGCGACCAAAUUGGCGUUCAAUCCCAAAUUAUUCGAGGACAAGAUCUUCACUGAAGAUGUGGUCAUGUCCGAGGGGUGGGGCGGAAGUUACAACUUUGAGUACGUUCACGAAAAGUACUGGCCGGCACUUGUUGCCAUGUGUGAAGAGCGCAAAAAGCUUUGGACCGAGACGUGGGUGAAGCUCGGCGGGAAGGUCGGAAUCAAGGAAGUCGACUACAAGGCGGAUGUUCCAGCUGAUAACGUUGAGACUGGGGGCGAGGUGUGA